AUGCGCAAUGCAUUUUACAAAAGAGCCAAGAUACUCUAUGACUUUGGCGUAGAAGAAGAUCUUCUAUGUCGAUCUCAGGCAGCCGGGUUACUCUCCUAUGAAAGCUCUGCCUCCGAUAUUUCUGGCAACUCCACUUGGCUUGCCCUGGCUAUACAGCAUGCUCGUACUGUCAAUGCACAUCUUUACGAUCAAUUACCGGAAACUGGAAGCUAUAGCCGCUCCUCUCUGAAAAGGCUUUGGUGGUCACUGAUCCUUCGAGACAGAGUUAUUGCUCUAGGCAUGCGGCGGCCUUUGCAAAUUCUGACUAGUCAUUUUGACGUCUCCUUGCCCGACAAUUUGAAUACCCAGGAUUUUGAGGACAUGGAGCAUCACUCAAAUGUCUACAAUCUCGAGACAAAGUGUGCCCUCCGUGAUGUAUUUCUUGCUCAAUGCAGGCUUGCCAUUGCACUCACCCCCGUGAUUAUGACAAUAUACCCUCCAGGGUACAUGUCUGGCUCGCCAAAGGACCUAGUGUCCACGCUAGCUCGUGCCGAAGAUGUCAAGACUCGUUUGCAGUAUUGGCGUUCUCAGCAUGCUUUCGUCUUCUCGACAGCCAAGUCAGAAACACACCCCUCAGUGACGCUCUUCAAACAACUCACUGCCUUGUAUUAUGAAUCCGGUCGACUCACACUGCAUCAUCACAUCGCCUUCUGGCUCUAUCAAAGUCGUCGUCUCCAACGUCCUUCCAAGCUACUAGAUGCCGUGACAUCUAUCAACAGUAUCCUGAAACGCUUCGUGAUUGAUGGAACCGCAAACCACCUCCCAAUCAGUGUGGUAGCAUUCACCAUUCUUCCUCAAAUGUUAAUGACGUUCAGUCUGCGACUCUCACAUGGCAGCCUUGGUCAUCAGCAACAACAAUACUUCUCCAAAAUCUACGAGGAGUUGAACAAAUUGCACCGCUUACGUUACGAUGUUUCCCACGUCUCAUCGUGGAUGAAUGCAAUACUAAACUCGUUCGAGUCUUCAAUGCCAACCGUGGAAGCACAAACGAAUGAAAAUGUUGACAAGAAAAAAAAAUCCCAGAAUCGAAAUUUGAUAUGGCUACUUGAGAACCAUCCUGCAUUGUACUUUCACCUUUUGGAUGGCAUGAAUGGGGCUCUUGCCACCGGUCACUUGUCAUUGGGAAACUCCAAUAUCUCCAAAGUGUCUGCCCCGGCGACAUAUCUACAACCUUUGCAAACGAGAUUACUUCCCCCUGUUCCAGGUUCCCCAAAGUCAAACCAAGCGGAUUCAGAACAGGGUCAUGCGGAUUCAGGAGGCGAGUUUGAACUUGAUCCCGAUGUUUUGACCGGGGAUGCAUUUGAGAAUAGCCCCUCUCUUGGUUCUGUGGAGCCCUAUGACCUAUUCAUGGGUGAGAUGGAGUUUUUAGAUGCAGACUUUUUAGCUCCGCCGACAGAUAUGACCCCUCUUGCAGACUCUGAUCAAUCAACCCACAGUACGCGAGGGUGGAUUUCAUCCAUGCCAAUGGAGCAAGACGAGGAUGAUCCUGGCGAAGACGAAUCCCAAUAUGAGGGGUGGCGUACGGAUGCAUUGUUGUCUCAUAUAGGUUUGUUUGGAGAGUAA